AUGGAGCCGCCCGGCGGGGGCCUGGGGCCCGGCCGCGGGACCCGGGACAAGAAAAAGGGCCGGAGCCCAGAUGAGCUGCCAUCGACGGGCGGCGACGGCGGCAAAUCUAAGAAAUUUACUCUGAAGCGGCUCAUGGCAGAUGAGCUGGAGAGAUUUACCAGCAUGAGAAUUAAGAAGGAGAAGGAAAAGCCCAAUUCUGCUCAUAGAAAUUCUUCUGCAUCAUAUGGGGAUGAUCCCACAGCACAGUCAUUGCAAGAUGUUUCAGAUGAACAAGUUCUGGUUCUCUUUGAACAGAUGCUGCUGGAUAUGAACCUGAAUGAGGAGAAACAGCAACCUUUGAGGGAGAAGGACAUCAUCAUCAAGAGGGAGAUGGUGUCCCAGUACUUGUACACCUCCAAGGCUGGCAUGAGCCAGAAGGAGAGCUCUAAGUCUGCCAUGAUGUAUAUUCAGGAGUUGAGGUCAGGCUUGCGGGAUAUGCCUCUGCUCAGCUGCCUGGAAUCCCUUCGUGUGUCUCUUAACAACAACCCCGUCAGUUGGGUGCAAACAUUUGGUGCUGAAGGCUUGGCCUCCUUAUUGGACAUUCUUAAACGACUUCAUGAUGAGAAAGAAGAGACUGCUGGGAGUUACGAUAGCCGGAACAAGCAUGAGAUUAUUCGCUGCUUGAAAGCUUUUAUGAACAACAAGUUUGGAAUCAAGACCAUGCUGGAGACAGAAGAAGGAAUCCUACUGCUGGUCAGAGCCAUGGAUCCUGCUGUUCCCAACAUGAUGAUUGAUGCAGCUAAGCUGCUUUCUGCUCUUUGUAUUCUACCGCAGCCAGAGGACAUGAAUGAAAGGGUUUUGGAGGCAAUGACAGAAAGAGCUGAGAUGGAUGAAGUGGAACGUUUCCAGCCAUUACUGGAUGGAUUAAAAAGUGGGACCACUAUUGCAUUGAAGGUUGGAUGCCUACAGCUGAUCAAUGCUCUCAUCACACCAGCUGAGGAACUUGACUUCCGAGUUCACAUCAGAAGUGAACUGAUGCGCUUGGGGCUACAUCAGGUGUUGCAGGACCUUCGAGAGAUUGAAAACGAAGAUAUGAGAGUGCAACUAAAUGUGUUUGAUGAACAAGGGGAAGAGGAUUCCUAUGACCUGAAGGGACGGCUGGAUGACAUUCGCAUGGAGAUGGAUGACUUUAAUGAAGUCUUUCAGAUUCUCUUAAACACAGUGAAGGAUUCAAAGGCAGAGCCACACUUCCUUUCCAUCCUGCAACACUUACUCUUGGUCCGAAAUGACUAUGAGGCCAGACCUCAGUACUAUAAGUUGAUUGAAGAAUGUAUUUCCCAGAUAGUUCUGCACAAGAAUGGGGCUGAUCCUGACUUCAAGUGCCGUCACCUCCAGAUUGAGAUUGAGGGAUUGAUUGAUCAAAUGAUUGAUAAGACAAAGGUAGAGAAAUCUGAAGCCAAAGCUGCAGAGCUGGAAAAGCAGCUGGACUCAGAGUUAACAGCCCGACAUGAGCUACAGGUGGAAAUGAAAAAGCUGGAAAGUGACUUUGAGCAGAAGCUUCAAGAUCUUCAGGGAGAAAAGGAUGCACUGCAUUCUGAAAAGCAACAAAUUGCCACAGAGAAACAGGACCUGGAAGCAGAGGUGUCCCAGCUCACAGGAGAGGUUGCCAAGCUGACAAAGGAACUGGAAGAUGCCAAGAAAGAAAUGGCUUCCCUCUCUGCGGCGGCUAUUACUGUAGCUCCUUCUGUUCCUAGUAGUGCUACUGCUCCCCCGGCCCCUCCUUUACCUGGUAUUCCACCACCACCUGCUCCUGGGGAUAGUACCACUCCUCCUCCUCCUCCUCCUCCUCCACCUCUACCUCUUCCUCCACCUCCUUUGACUGGGAGUGUUUGCAUCUCCUCAACCCCUUCUUUACCUGGAGGUACUGCUAUCCCUCCACCCCCUCCUUUGCCUGAGGGUGCUAGCAUCCCUCCACCCCCUCCUUUGCCUGGGGAUGUUGGCAUCCCUCCACCACCCUCCUUGCCUGGGGAUGUUGGCAUCCUCCACUUCUGCAUCCCUCCACCCCCUCCUUUGCCUGGGGAUGUUGGCAUCCCUCCACCCCCUCCUUUGCCUGGGGAUGCUGGAAUCCCCCCUCCACCUCCUCCCUUGCCAGGAGGAGCAGGAAUGCCACCUCCUCCUCCCCCUCUUCCUGGUGGUCCUGGAAUCCCUCCACCUCCUCCAUUUCCUGGAGGCCCUGGCAUUCCUCCACCUCCACCCGGAAUGGGUAUGCCUCCACUUCCCCCAUUUGGAUUUGGAGUUCCUGCAGCCCCAGUUCUGCCAUUUGGAUUAACCCCUAAAAAGCUUUAUAAGCCAGAGGUGCAGCUCCGGAGGCCAAACUGGUCCAAGCUCGUGGCUGAGGACCUCUCCCAGGACUGCUUCUGGACAAAGGUGAAGGAGGACCGCUUUGAGAACAAUGAACUUUUCGCCAAACUUACCCUUACCUUCUCUGCCCAGACCAAGACUUCCAAAGCCAAGAAGGAUCAAGAAGGUGGAGAAGAAAAGAAAUCUGUGCAAAAGAAAAAAGUAAAAGAGUUAAAGGUGUUGGAUUCAAAGACAGCCCAGAAUCUCUCCAUCUUUUUGGGUUCCUUCCGCAUGCCCUAUCAAGAGAUUAAGAAUGUCAUCCUGGAGGUGAAUGAAGCUGUUCUGACUGAGUCUAUGAUCCAGAACCUCAUUAAGCAAAUGCCAGAGCCAGAGCAGUUAAAAAUGCUUUCUGAACUGAAGGAUGAAUAUGAUGACCUGGCUGAGUCAGAGCAGUUUGGCGUGGUGAUGGGCACUGUGCCCCGACUGCGGCCUCGCCUCAAUGCCAUUCUCUUCAAGCUACAAUUCAGCGAGCAAGUGGAGAAUAUCAAGCCAGAGAUUGUGUCUGUCACUGCUGCAUGUGAGGAGUUACGUAAGAGUGAGAGCUUUUCCAGUCUCCUAGAGAUUACCUUGCUUGUUGGAAAUUACAUGAAUGCUGGCUCCAGAAAUGCCGGUGCUUUUGGCUUCAAUAUCAGCUUCCUCUGUAAGCUUCGAGACACCAAGUCCACAGAUCAGAAGAUGACGUUGUUGCACUUCUUGGCUGAAUUGUGUGAGAAUGACUAUCCUGAUGUCCUCAAGUUUCCAGACGAACUUGCCCAUGUGGAGAAAGCCAGCCGAGUUUCUGCUGAAAACUUGCAAAAGAACCUAGAUCAGAUGAAGAAACAAAUUUCUGAUGUGGAACGUGAUGUUCAGAAUUUCCCAGCUGCCACAGAUGAAAAGGACAAGUUUGUUGAAAAAAUGACCAGCUUUGUAAAGGAUGCACAGGAACAGUAUAACAAGCUGCGGAUGAUGCAUUCUAACAUGGAGACCCUCUAUAAGGAGCUGGGCGAUUACUUCCUCUUUGACCCCAAGAAGUUAUCUGUUGAAGAAUUUUUCAUGGAUCUUCACAAUUUUCGGAAUAUGUUUUUGCAAGCAGUCAAGGAGAACCAGAAGCGGCGGGAGACAGAAGAAAAGAUGAGGCGAGCAAAACUAGCCAAGGAGAAGGCAGAGAAGGAGCGGCUAGAGAAGCAGCAGAAGAGAGAGCAACUCAUAGACAUGAAUGCAGAGGGCGAUGAGACAGGUGUGAUGGACAGUCUUCUAGAAGCCCUGCAGUCAGGGGCAGCAUUCCGACGGAAGAGAGGGCCCCGUCAAGCCAACAGGAAGGCCGGGUGUGCCAAGGACGAUGCCAUGGCCGCUGUUCCUGCCAAGGUGUCUAAGAAUGAGACAUUCCCCACAAUCCUUGAGGAAGCCAAGGAGUUGGUUGGCCGUGCAAGCUAAUGUGGGUCCUGUGACGGCGGGAACUGAGGCGGGAGCUCCUCAGCCGAGUGGCAGACUGUCCUGCCCUGCAGCAUGUGCCUAAAGGCUCAAGGGGAUAUUCCUCUGGGGUGGCCACUCCCACCACCCUGACCCUGUCUUUCUCUCUGGCCUGCUGCUCUCUCAACAUCACAUACAGCUUCAGCGCCUGGAAGCCAGAAGGAAAGGGCAGUGUGGGGGAGGCCUGAGCCCAACCUAGCCAGCCCUGGCUGUUGUAUUACCAAAGCAGGGUCCAUGUUUGCUGCCUUAACCCUGUCUCCUCUCUGUUACUCAGAGGGCCUCAUCUCAGACAAGGCCCAGCCUGCUUUUUCUCAGCCCUGACUUUCUAAUGGGCUUUCCCCCCAGGUCAAUCUUGCUGGAUUUGUGCUUUUCUUUUGUGGUUUCUUUGGCCCUGAGAACAGCAUGGGGCUUGUAAACCUUUGGGCAGAUCCCUCCUUUCAUUGCUGUCGUCUCUGCUCUUCCCUCUCCUGGCUGUGGUUAUUUAUUAUUAGUGGUGUGGCACUGGGAGCUGCUCCUAAGGAAGCUGGGAGCAAAUCCCACCUUUACCCCACCUUCCUGGGAAAGGCCUCCAAAGCAAAGGAUCUGGACCACUUUCCCUGUUGUGCUGUGGCCCAGGCCAGACAGAGCCUGUGGGCAGGCAGGCAGGGCAUAGCGACAGUGUGGGACCUGCCCCCAGCCUCCGCCAUGCUUUAUGCCCUUGCCUCUGUGGACCCUCUGCACCAACCCCAGGCUACUGAGCCACCUUCCCUCCUCAUGCCUUCCCCGAGCUUUGGUGCAUCUCAUCUGGACUAUGGGUUGUAUUGUGACCAUCCCAACACCUUACCCUCUGUCUACAAGGAAAUGGGAGGUGGAGCCUCCUGGCUGAGAAAUUGUUUUGCAAAUGGAUCUAUUUUUAUAUGAAAAAAAAAUUUUUUUAAAGAAAACUCUUCCUUCCCCCUUUCCCCUCCAUAAUGUAAGAAGCUUUGGUGGCAGGUUCCAGAGUUCCUGGGAUUUCUCCUCACAGGCCCAAUCCUGAAUAUGCCCCUGGACCUUCUGGACCCUUGAGUCCAAGGCAGAUCCUCUCUCCCAGGGAAUCCAACACAGGAGGAACCCCUUCUCUGGUUGAGCUGGACCAGGCCUGAGAGCGGGAGCUGUAAGACCAUAGAGUUUUUAUAAAUGUAUAAAUGUAUCAAGCCAAAUGUGCAGAUGCUAACUGGACAUUCUGGGGAACUGGGCACCAGGAGUGCCUUCAUACACUGUACCCCAGCUCUCUUUUAAAAGAGAAGUGGGAGGGCACACCAAACUGUUUGGUGUCCCCAACCACAGGAAGCUGCAAUAUUCUGGCUUAGGGUGACACUUUUGUCGUCCUUGUGCCCCUCUCAGCUUUUCAUCCCCAGCUAGGAAGAAAGAAUGGCAUUCUUGGCUUUGGCCCAAAAUUAGAGUUGUUAGAGCAAGAGAGAGCUUAGGAAGCAUGGGGGCAACUAUAGGUGAGGCCUUACUGCCAGGAGGGAGGGUUGUGGUUGCUGGCGCUUGUGUGUAAAGGGGCAAGAGCUGCUCCUUUGGCCUAUUCCUUGGAGGACUCUGAUGCAGGGCGUCUGUUGCUCCCGUGAGUCACCUCCUCCCUGCUCGCUGACAUCUGGGGCUUUGACCCUUUCUUUUUUAAUCUACUUUUGCUAAGAUGCAUUUAAUAAUAAAAAAAAAAAAAGAGAGAGAGAGAGAGAGGUGUGGGGGACAAAAUGCAAACCUAUUUCCCUUGCCUCAUAGGCUUCUGGGAUGUCAUCACCUCCAGUUUGUUGGUUUUGUUUCCAACUGUUAAUAAAGCAUUGAAACAGUACUGCA